AUGAGUUCUUUCAUCACUCGCGCCGAAAGAUCAGGAAACAUUUUUUCGCGUGUGACCGGUCUGAUCAGAGCUGGACAGCUGAACUGGGCAGACCGACCGUUGUGGUAAGAAGCGUUUCAGUUGAAGAACAAAAAAAUUUGCGAGAUUCAGGUACGACGUCUACAUUUCUUCUCCUCCUCUUUCGGCGCCUGAUUGGAACGUAAAACUGGCGAAGUUCGACGAGCCAAUUCGACCGAUUUUCUACGAAGAAGACGUUCUCAGAGCGUGAGUAACGCUUUCUUGGUAAGAAAACAAAACCACGAAUUUUUAGAAAGUUCUAUAAGGCGUAUCGACACACCGCUGGAAUUCAAGUGGACAGCCCAAAAACCAGUAUCUCACAGCAGUUCCUCAACGAGUACAAACUGGUCGAAGCAGAAAACGCAGGUGCUACCCCGGAGAAGCUGUUUGCCCUGACUCAACAGCGACUCAGUGAAAACGGAAUUAUCUUAAAAUAA